AUGUCGUCGCCAAAGACCAAAUCACCGACUGGGCCGUCAUCCCCGGCCUCUGGGCCCAAGUCGACACCAUCUCCGCAAACUGAACUUAUACCCGCUGCUGAAAACGAUGACGAUGUUCGAGACGACGCCGACUCAACACUUGAAACAGACGCUGAUAGCUCAACUGCCUCUGUUUCUUCAAGCAUCCUUCAUUACAGAAGCAUUCAGGGCCGUACUUUUCAUAGCGACAAGUUCGUGACUGAAUAUUCUUUUCCAAAUGAUGAACAACAAUUAGAGUCUGUUGACAUCAGCCAUCAUUACUUGACGGUUCUGCUCGACGGUCAGUUGUAUCUAGCUCCUAUUGGAGACAACAUCCAGAAAGCGCUUGAUGUUGGGACAGGAAGCGGUAAGUCUCCAGACUUUGCAGAUCAGUUCCCGCAAGCAGAAGUGACAGCAACUGAUCUCUCACCAACACAGCCCAAAUGGGUCCCCCCAAAUGUGCGUUUCGAGAUCGACGAUGCCACCGAAACGUGGACUUGGAAAGACAACACCUUUGAUUUCGUCCACAUGCGUUAUCUCUUCGGAGCCAUCCAAGAUUGGACUGCUUUAUACCAACAGGCCUACCGUGUUUGUACGCCGGGAGGCUGGGUUGAGUCUGUUGAAGCCGACAUUCAUUUUCGCAGCGACGAUGGCACAGCUGAAGAGGAAGAGGUCUAUAAGUUGUGCAACAGGCUGUAUGAGGAGGGUGGUAAAGCGAUUGGUCGAACGUUCUUUGUGCAUGACUUGCAACCGAAGGGAAUGGAAGAGGCAGGGUUUGUGGACAUCAAGACGGUGGACUACAAGAUCCCGAUUGGGGAUUGGCCCAAGGACCCAAGGCUGGCCGAGGUCGGCCGAUUUGUCAAGCUGACAUUGGAGAAUGACAUUGAAGGAUAUACUCUGCUGUUGUGGAACAAUGUGUUGCAGUGGCCAAAGGAUGAGUACCAGGUGUUCCUCAUGGGUAUACGAAAGGCUCUUCGCAACCGCAAGAUUCAUGGUUAUUUUGUGGUGCGCUAUGUGUACGGCCGCAAACCAGAAUAAUACUACGGUGUCAUGGGAUUACCAAGCAGGCGUUUAUUGUCCUUCGAAUAGAUAGCCAGGCUCCAAGAAUUCCCAAGACCACCAAGAGAGAAAAUUGUUCAAGGCCAAGCACUCUGUUUAA